GAAGCCUUUGAGCGCAUGGGGAGAGAGAGAGUUUAAAAAAAAAAAAAAAUGACAACGCCUCCUACUACUCAGAGCAGAGUACAUGUAUGAUCUGCUCAUGAACAAAGCAGCUAACAAGCUCUUUUCUUAACUGGGUGGAUUGUUUCUGAGUGACAGUUGUCCAUCUGUGAACUGACACGACAGAAUGUCACGGCGGGACCAGAGGUUUCGGAGAGGAAUGAAAGGACGGUGCUGUGAAUGUGGCUGUAUCUUGUCUCACUGGUACUAUGAAAGAGAGGGACAGCUCUAUUGUAAGAAGCACUACUGGGCCCGUUAUGGAGAGCACUGCCACGGCUGCAAGGAGACAAUCACAACAGGACUCAUUAUGCAGGUUGCUGGAGCGCAGAAGUACCACCCUGAAUGCUUCACUUGUAUCAGCUGUGAUAUGUUCAUCGGAGAUGGAGACACUUACACGCUCGUCGAACACACCCAACUCUACUGUGGUCACUGUUUCUGUCAGGAUGUAGUAUCAGCUGUUAGGUCAGCUUCUCCACUCACCAAGAGUCCCCACAUGGUGGCGCUGGUGUCCCUCCCUCCCCAUACAGGCAGGCGACGAGGCCUGACUGUGGCCACUGACCUCAGCCAAGACGCAUGUCCUCUCGUCACUGUUACAGAGUUAGAUUCAACUGUCCUCAGCCCAGAUCUGCUGUCCUCUGUCCACACUGGUGAUCACGUACUGGAGGUCAACGGCAUUCCUGUUCGCAACAUUUCCCCAGAUGAGAUACACUAUGUGAUCCAGGACACAAGCAGACCACUGCAGCUGACCAUUGAACACAACCCGCAGUCUCCUGAUGACCUCCUUCGCUCAAACAAUCCCCAGGACAACAUCAGCUGUCCUGAGCCCUGUGUCCGCAACAAACUUUCUUCAACCUGCAAACUCCCAAGUCUGGAGGAAGAGCCAAGUCCAGUUGUGGAGACGGAUGCACAAAUCAGGAUGAGCCUCUCACCGCCUCAGUACCAAGGAAUCAUGGGAAUGCGAUCCAGACACAUCUUGCGCAGCUGUAGUAUAGAUAAGUGUCCUCUGUCCCCUGGAGCAAUGUCACUUUUAUCUCAAAGGAGAGAUAUGGUUCGCUCAGAGUCCCUUCGUGUGGACCCUGGAGAUCGGACCCACCGCAUCUUCAGACCUUCAGACCUCAUCCAUGGAGAAGUGCUUGGCAAAGGCUCCUUUGGACAGGCUGUCAAGGUAACACAUCAGGAGACAGGGGAGGUGAUGGUGAUGAAAGAGUUGAUAAACUUUGACGAAGAGACACAGAAGACUUUCUUAAAGGAGGUGAAGGUGAUGCGCUGUCUGGAUCAUCCCAACGUUCUAAAGUUCAUUGGACUGUUUUAUAAAGACAAACGAAUAAAUUUUGUCUCUGAAUACAUCCAGGGAGGAACUCUCCGAGAGACCAUCAUUAAAAUGGACAAGGAUUUUCCCUGGAAUAUAAGAGUGGGUUUUGCCAAAGACAUUGCAGCUGGAAUGGCCUAUCUUCACUCCAUGAAUGUUAUCCACCGAGAUCUAAACUCACACAACUGCCUGGUCAGAGAGAACCAGUCUGUGGUGGUGGCAGAUUUUGGACUAGCCCGGCUGGUGAUGGAAAAGAGGAAUCAGAGCAAAACAUCUUCUAUGGAGCAGCCUGCAAAGGGGACAUUGUCAGAGUUCCGCAGGCCUGACCGAAGGAAGCGGUAUACUGUGGUAGGAAACCCCUACUGGAUGGCCCCCGAGAUGAUCCAUGGAAAAACCUAUGAUGAACGGGUGGACAUCUUUUCCUUUGGUAUCAUGAUAUGUGAGAUAAUAGGCAGAGUCAGUGCCGACCCUGACUACCUUCCCCGGACAAAUGAUUUUGGGCUAAAUGUAGCCGGUUUCCUGCAGCAGUACUACCCUAGUGAGUGCCCCUCAGCCUUCCUGCCACUGGCUGUCCUCUGCUGUGACAUGGACGCUGAUGAACGUCCUUCCUUUUCAAAGCUGGAGGAGUGGCUGGAGAACCUACUGAUGCACCUCGACAUUGGUCUGCAUUUGCUCUCUGAGUUAGAGCAGCUACGUAGAGCCUUCUGGCAGGAUCGCAACCACGAAAACGACUCUCACAAACAGGACAACACCUGUAAUUCUCACGAACAAACCCACUGCUCAGAGCCACAAAGACAGAGCCCCGACCCUAAGCAACAUUCCGACAAUGGAAAUAACCACAUAGAGCCUGAUCACCUCACUCAAAGCCAAGACCAAAACAGCACGCCUGACAGCGAUUCAGAUGAACAGCAACACACACAUGAUAACCAUGACAUGAGGACUGAGCACCACCACUCCUGUUUGAACAGAGAUGGUAUGAACCACUCACAAGACAAGAGCCAGUGUUGCCGGUCUAUGAGCACAGACUCAGUCAAGAAUGGGUCUGAAACCUAUGAACACAAUAACCCCUCAGGACAACCAAAAGUCCAACACAAGCCCUCAAAACCACUGCAGGUCAACAGCUCGCUGCCAGGCCAGUCUAACAGGCACAGGAGGACAUGCAGAGUGCUGUGGGACAGAUCUACAGAGGACAGCUCUUUUCUCUGAUUUUUUAAUUUGAUGGCAUAAACAGGACACAUCCACAAAGCGCCGUUUUGAGGGAUAAAACACUGUAUGAACAGUGUUUGGGAGAGAACUGAAUGAAUCGUAACGCUUUAUGUGGAAUACUAAUGGAUUGAAAACCUGCAGAGACAUUAAACCAAUAAAUGCUGAUUCAUACAGGAUAUUUUACACGAGAAGUAGUAACAAUUUGUACACAGUUUGAUAACAAUUGCCUAGCUCAUUACAUUUUCCUCACAUUCCUCUGUGAACCAGUAUCUACUGUAUGUGGUUUCAACUAGAGCUCGACCGAUAAUGGAUUUGGUUGAUAUCCAUAUUGACAUAGGAGAGUUCAACAUUAAAUACAAUAGUGGCAUAUUGGCCGUUAUUCAUUUUUUAACACAUAACAGAAACAAACUAUUUUGAUAAGGAUUCCUUAAAUUCCAAGACAUCUGUCUGAUGGACAGUCUACAACACUGUUUUUAAAUUACCUCAAACAUAUCUUUUGCAUUUCUGUAUCACAAUUUGUCUUUACUUAUUGGCCAACAUCCACAGUAUGAAAAUAUUAGUAUAUCUGUUAUAAGCUAAAAAUGGCUGGCCAAUUUAUCGGUUGGGCUCUUGUAUCAGGUUUUUCUAGAAGCUGUGAAACACGUGGCACUUUACUCUUUAAGCUACAUUGCAUGGAUCACUUAUUUAUCAUAAUUCCUUAUGCAUUUUCUGUUAAAAAUUUUAAGACCACAUCCAACGCAGAGC